AUGCUUGCAAUCAAACUAAAUCUCCAGCAUACGUCCAAAGUGAGUUGUCAGACAAUCCAGCUACUGAAGUAUGAAAAUCCACCACAGGAUGUUCAGAACAUGACAUGUAUUUCCAAAAACUGGGAACAGUUGAACUGUUCGUGGGUUGAGCCUCCAAAUCCAGUCAGGGUUCAAUACAUUUUAACGUAUGUUGUGGCUGGCUUCCGAGAUACCAGUCAUUGCCCAAAGAAUCUGACAGGCAAGAAUUGGUGCUUUUGGGAGAAUACAGAUAUGUCUCAAAGGGAUGAAUGGAUCCUCACAUUCACAGCACACAAUGCUUUAAAAUCAGGUGUUCAGUUUAAGCACAAUAUCAGUGUUUAUGAGAGUGUGAUUCCAAAACCAGCUGAGGCACUGACUGCUCAUGUGGAAGGUCCCCAUAGUGUAAAAUUAAGCUGGAGAUUACCCCACCCCAUGGACACAUUCCCGGGAAAAAUCAGACAGGAGGUCUCAUACAGAGAACGGCCAGAUGACAGCCCUCUCGAAGAACUUGAGUGGAUUGUUGUUAGUAAUGAAUUGAUUCAACCACCUCUAUUUGAAAAGCUGAUUUAUAACAAAACUGUAGAUAACUUAUAUGCAUAUAUGCAAUAUGACUUCCGUGUAAGGCUUCACACUGGUACUGGGGAAAGACGUGACCAUAUGUGGUCCGAUGCUGCUGUUACUACACAAGAAACUGACCCAAAAUUGCCUACAGCAAAGGUUCGAACAGACAUUGGAACAUUUGAAAUAGAGCAGAAUGUCAAUUCCCGAGAUAUAUAUGUGAAUUGGCAGAAGGUAGAUUUUGUCUUCAAGAAUGGACCUGAUUUUCAUUAUGAAGUUGAUGUAUUUGAUGCCAAUACUGGAAGACAAAUUAAUAAAACUGAGGGAGAACUUGAAGUCCAUGAUGAUUAUGCAAAGUUCAUUAAUAUGGAAAACAAUGUGAAGUUCAGAUUUGAUAUCACACCAGUGAAUCGAGUAGGUCCAGGGGGUGACGAGACAAAGGCGACAGUCAUUGUACCUGAGAAGAGUGAGGUGCUUACAUUCCCAAGUCGUUUUCAAGUCAUUGUCUACAAGGAUGGAAAUAACACCAUCUAUGGGAUCAAGUGGAACAUCACAGAAGAGAAAAUCGAAAGCCAAAAGAUUGAGUCUGUGUCUAUUUAUUGGUGCAAGAGGAGACAGUAUGAAGAGAGAUGUUUGGAUAAACUUGAUUGGGUCAGUGUAAACCCAAGACUAACAAUGAAGAAUAUCACGGAUCUAGAGAAGGAAACCCUGUACAUAUUUGGCAUAUCAGCCAACUCCAAUAAAUCCUCCAGCGGCAUAAAAUGGAUUACCUGCAUUGCUAGCCACGGCAACAAGCUACCUCCGAUUGAUACGUUUGGUAUAACUGAAGUGUCUUCAACAGAAGCAGAACUAGAAUGGAAUCUUGGAUGUAAAGAUAGAUCUGCAGAUCCUACUGGUUUUAAUAUUUCAUACUGUAUUACUCCAAGAAAUGAGACCGAUUGCCGGAAAGAUUCUGACAUGCACUACAUAGCUGUGUCAGAUGCCAGUGCCUAUAAAAUCAACGUGACCUCAUUGCUCCCAUAUACGAGAUAUAUCUUUAGUAUCGCUAGUCAGUCAGAACUUGGUAUGAGCAGGUGGAGCAAAAGUUUGAUAUUGGAGACAAGCCAGGACAAGCCCAGUGGACCACCGAGGAAUGUGAGAGUAAUAGACAAAGGUCAGGAAUGGAUCUAUUUAGCAUGGAAUCCACCCCGUCCUGAGGAACGGAAUGGUGUCAUUGUGACCUACAAAAUUAAAUCAGAACCGGCUGUGAAUAUAGAUUGGCCAGUGGCAAAAAAUAAUUCAGAAGUUAUGCAAUAUAAUAUCACUGGCUUGGAAGCAUAUACCAAAUACAAGUUCAAGAUUGUGGCAUGCACACAGAACCGUAAUUGUGGCAACAGCUCUGUCACAUAUGAAACUAGAACAGGCAUUGGAGUUCCUGGCCCAAUUGAGGGCAUUUACGUGAACGAUGACCGUCUGCAGUGGAACCACGAUGAAUGCAAUGGACCUACUUGCCGUUAUGAGAUACGUUAUGGACCUGAGCCAGGGGAGAUAUACAAUUCGAAAGAAGGUCAAACAGCAGUCAACCUCAGAGACCUUGGCAUCAACUGCACAGAACACAAUGAGAAAAUCCAAGUGGAAAUCCGAGCAGUGAGCCAGGAUUCUCAGUUGAAGGGACAGUGGAUGGAGAAGUCCAUGAAUUGCCCGAUACCAGGCAUCAUGCCGUGGUGGCUCAUCCUCAUCAUCGCCGUCGUCUGCAUCAUCGCCACGGUCUUCCUCGUCGCCAUCGGCUCCUUUGGACAGAAGAAAGUCAAGGUGUUCUUGUUUGAGUGGAACCGCGAGCUGGAUCUCCCAACGGGUCUCGGACCUAGCCUGCCCGCCCACGAUGACCUCCACUCCAACUACAAGAUCGUGCAGAACCAGGUCAUCGACGACUGGGGCGGAGCUGACACCAGGAUCCCGGUGAAGACUGCCACGCCCUUCUCCAACCCUGAGGAACAGGAGCUGAUACCAGACAAGGCCCGUCAGAGCCGCAAUCCAUCAGGGGAUUCGGGCACCUCGGAGAAUGAUCAGGUUGACUCCUCAGGGUGUUCCACUGGCAGUGAAUCGGACUCCUCCUCUGGCAGUCAUCGUGUUCCCCAGUCUUCGGACUCAGGGACUGGAACGGAGGUUGGCUUUCCACCCGAGUCCAAGAACUGGGAGUCAGGCUCUCUCAGGCUCCGAACCCCAGUUCCUCCAUAUGUCCGCCCUGGAUUGCCCCAAAAUAUUACUAGUGCAGGAUAUGUGUCUGUGUCCUCAGUGCCAAAUCUUCCUGUGGGGUCUAUGGAAGAUGGACUGUCUCUGCAGCAGUCCACUUCCAGCCUAGCCUUGGGAACACCAUCUCACCAGCCUUUGGGAGCAAGGAGAGCCUCAACAGGUUACAUUAGUAUGCCUGACCAAGAUGCAGAAGGGGUAAACCUCCCCCUAGAGAUGUUAGGCAAUGUCACCCUUCCGCAUGACAGUCGGCCAGGAGGUUUUCCUGCUUACUCUAGACAUAACUUCCCUCUUAAGAAGACACCCACAUCUGAAAUGUCACCCUACAUGAAGACUGGAUCUUUGCAACGACUCAAUACUGGGUAUGUUGCAGUUGCGCAGCCGGAUGGAGGAGCAAGGGAUGCUAUGUCACAAGCUCAUGGCUACUGUGGAGGUGAAGAUCUUGGUGUCAUGAAGAGGCAGUCAUCCCUUUCAGCACUUCCACUUACAUAUAAUAAAUCUAUAAGUACACCAGAUGAAGAUUUACCCCGUGGUACAUAUUGCCGUGUAGGUGCUAGGGGCUCACCUGGCCCACCCCCAGGUCCCUCCCCGGGGUAUGUAAGUAUCACGCAAGCCAUGCCAUCACAUGCCAUGUCUCAUCCUGUCAACACAACUUCACCCACAAACAAAUCUCCAUAUGUUACAUUUGCCAUGGCCAAGUCCAUGCCUUCACCCACCAAGGAGCCUGAAAAAGCAGGUGGGGGCUAUGUGUCUGUAGGGGACAUGGCCGAGGGCCGUUGGGCCAAUCCUGUGAUGAUGGCCCCAGAAGAUUUUGAAGAGAGUCGAGAGGUGAGCUCAGCUCCGCUAGAAAGCACCCGGGGUCGACCGUUGUUAUCCACGCGACCGAAUACAUCUGAGGCAACUAUUGCUCAUAAUCGCGGGGCAAGAAGCUUCCCUCCUUUAGCGCCAUCACUCUCUAAACAAAGCUCAGGCUAUGUUUCUCAGGAUUCAUUGCCCUUCCAUGAUCCUGUAGUUAUGUCUCCCAAGAGGCUGCUGACCCAGAGCAAAGAGCCAUAUUCAGUGAUAAUGCCACCAGACCAUAAAGGAACUGCCGUGUGAGCAUGUAUCAUUUCUAGUGAAGUUUUACUCCAUUGUUGCAUAAGAAAUGUUUCAAGUCAGUCCACUGUUAUUCAAUAUAUUUGGCUUGAAGAACAUAUAGAAGUCAUAAAAUAAUUCAGUUAUGUGUAAGACUCUUCCUGAGGCAAAGUCCAAAGGCAAAGUUUCCCUUAAUCUGAGAAACUUACUUAACAGACUUCCAUAAUACUGGAUAUCAAAUGAUAUAUGUAAAAGCACUUUAUUGUGUGUUACCAAGUAUUUAUGAAUGCAGUGGUUCACUCAAUAUUCUGGAGCAUAAGAUGAUGAGAAGCAGCCAAUAUGUGCGUCUAUUAUUUUGUGUAGCAUUGUUAAUUGGGGGGGAGGAUUUUAGUGCAAAUCAUGGUGGUGUUACUAAUUCUUGAUCCCUCAGUUACGUACGUGGUACACCUUUAGAAAGUACAAAGAUAUGAUCCCGGUAGUGGUGUUUGCCCAGCAGUAUGUGAUGGUAUUAGUUAUGUUAAGUUGGUGUAUAUAUGGAUAGAGUUGUUAAAAUAAAAAACAAAAAAAGAAAAUAUGUGGUUUUCACCAUUAAGGUAAAAGAAGUCUUCAGAAGGCAAAAAUAAACUAUUCCAAUCUAUCUUGGGAUGUGGUGGAGAAAGGAAUCUCAAAAAAAUACCAAAAUAAACACCUGAAAUUCAGAUCUUUUACUGAAAUUGUGUGUGAGAAUUGAGUUUGUGUUUGUUUCAUGAAUUGCUAGGACUGUGAUUUAACCCAGAAGUUUGCUGCUCACUUACUUUAAUGCUGUUAAAACAUGACAUUCUGGAAAUUAGUGGUGUAAUUCAAAUCAACAAGGAUAAAGUGCGGUGGCAAGGUUUUGGAUGGUUUACCAGCAAUGUGUCUGAUGUUACUAUUGCUUGUUGCUAUUCCCAGUGCAAUACCCACCAUAGGUCAUGAUGCCAUGUUGAAGUUAUUUUGAACCACGGGAAUAGUGAAAGAGCUUCAGAUGUUACCUCUAUACAGCUUGAUAUUUUUAUUUGUUUGGCAGAGAAAGCCAUAUAGAUGCCACAUCCCUUGACACAUAGAUGUUGAUUUUGUACAAAAAGGACUGUUACAGAGAAUUUACUUAUUGAUAGAAUCUCAAUACAAGCUUGCAGUUGGACUGACCUCCACACUGCUAAGGCUCUGAAACAAAACAGACCAGAAGGUUAAGGGGCUCUGCUACAUGUUGGGAAAAGAAUGAUUGUUUUGAAGUUAUUCAGUGCUGGCUAUGUCUCUCCAGUUCUGUGCCAAGAUAUUGUUCAUGUGGUGAGAGUUCCAGAUACACACUUCCUAAUGCUCAAUACAUCUCAGUUUCAAUACUCAGUUUGCAUAUGUAAGGAGGAUCUGGAGCCAGUUGCUUCUUUCAGAUUGUGUAGCACUGUGUUUUAAAGGUAGUGGGUGAAUGGGUGUGAUGGCAACCUGUGGUAUAUAGGAGCACUUUUGCUUUUGCCAGACUUUGUGACAAUUUUAUUUCUGUUGAUUAUUUUAGUGAUUAUCUUUUUUUUUUCCUAUAAAUUUCCAGUAGACAGGUGGGCUAAAAUAUUGUUCCCAUGCAAAUAUAAAGUGAACAUUUGCAUAGGAAAAAUCCAAAAGAUCAGCGGCUUUGCCACCUAUAUACUCCACACCAUCUUGCUUUCCCCAUUAACAUUAUGAAGAGAAGAGAUACGGAGGAUUGUUAUUUUGUUCAAGUUGAAAUCUUCCUAUUUGCAACAAAAGCAAAAAACUGUUAAAAUUACGUUAUUAAAUCUCAAGAAUAAGAACUUCUUUUCCUAAUCUGAUGGAAAACCAAGGGGUGAGCAGUAGACUCAACUACGUACUCAAACACAGUGAGAGUGAUCCUGUUGUGUUUUAGAAUGUUUAUUGCAUGUAUUAUACUUGUUAUCUGUUCAUGUAUGUUAACUUACCGCCCAAUACUUAUCACUUUGCCAUUAUUGUCCAUGCACCAUAAGAGCUUGUUUCUCACUGCACAUCCAUGAAAUCAAAAACAGUGUCCAAACUGGCUACUGUAUUCUUUGUGCUAUAGUUAGACAUACAGGUCUUACAAACAAUUCUCAUAACCAAUCAGCGAAUGUGACUUGGGAAUUUACAUUUAAUGAAGAAUGUAGAUUCCACUACUCUGUGCUGAUAGGGUCAGGCAAGCCGUACCAUUGUAGAAGUUAACAUACUGUGUAUCUCUAAGAUACAGCAUUAAUGUCUGCUCAAGUUUAAGUAUCCCAGACACUUUAAUAGGGAGGAAUUUUAUGGAAAUGCAUUUGAUAAGAUUGAGUGAUAUAACUAUUUUGUUGAUAAUCUGUGAGACCGAGCGGUAUUUGUUAUUGAAAAGAGAUUGAGUUGAUUGAAAUGAAUUAUAGAAUACACAAGAAAGAAAAGUAAUGCAAAUAGUGAUUAUAAUUACCAUAAUAUAUAUUCAUUUUUGAUAAAUACUGUAUUAUGAUAUGAAGGUGAGAGUUUAUGAUUAUAUAGGAAGUACUUUCAGAUGCCCAGCAAUACUAUCCGAGAGUUAGAAACAAGGCAGAAACUUAAAAUAAAGGGUAAUCAUUUUCUGUUUCAUCUUGUGUGAGUUUCAUCUUGAAGAUUCAUUUAUAUGCUGCUGGUCUCAUUUUGCCUUAGAGUACUGUGGUCAUGAAAGGUAUAAGACAUUUAAAAUAGGGGAUAUUGCAUGCAUGUUCUGCUUAUAUAUUCAUUUCAGAGAGAUAUAUUAAUUUUUUAUGAAUGCCCAUUGUCUUUUCCAGUUAUGUGAAAUAUGCUCUGUCAGCAAACCAAAAGUACCUAUUUGAAAAUUUAGAUAUGUACGAAAAAUUAUAUAGAUUAUAUAUACAGAGGAAGACUCUAGUGCUUCUUUGAGAUUGGAAGUACGUAACACACAUUAGAUAAAAUGAAGAGAGAAAAAUUAGGUUUCAUGGUUUAUUAUAAUUACUUUUUUUUAUCACGGUAUUCAUAGAUGGGAUUCUUAUCUCAGAGACAUUAUAGAACAAUCUAACUGUCUAGUCCUCAUAAAUAAACUUGUACAAAGUGAUUCUGAAGUGAAUGUUAAGGAGGUGUCAAGAUGUCAGCAAUUAUGAACAGUGUUCAAAAGCGUUAAUUGUCUUUGAAUGGUAAGAUAUUUGAGGGAACCUGAGGGAACCCAAAGGAACCCGUCAAUGAAAUCUUGCAUUUUAAAAGAUAUUUAGGUUUGGAUUUCUAAUAGCAAAACUCAUAAAAUGAAAUGGCUUAAUUGUGCUUAAGAUUCAAAAGUGUUUUAGUGUUCUUGUUAAAGAAUUAUCGGAAAGUUAAAGUUCCAUUUUGAGCUUGUAUUUAUGUAGGUUCAGAGUUGCUGGUUUUGUCACCUGUAAUUACUAAAGAAACUGCAUACAAAUAUUGACGAAUUAUAUGAGGUUGAGUAAUGCACUGAGGACACGAGACUGAGAGGUGAAUGUCUGUGCCAGUAUGUAAGUUGACAUCGAUGUUGAAGAUAUAUUUAAACCGCCCAUAAAUAUACUGAACCUUAUGUAAAACUUCAAAAUUUGUGCCAAAGUGACAUAUGGCGAAAAGGCAAGAGAUGCUUUUGUGUUGAUUGUUAAAUAUAUAUAGAUUAACUAAUACAGCAUUGUAGAUAUUUUUUAUGUAACAUUAAUUGGACUUUUCAUUUCAAAGUGUUCUUGUGAUAACUGUAUACAGUGUUUAUUGAAUUUUGUAAAUAUAUUUUCUGUCUAUGUAAUUAGUUCCAUGAUAUAAAGAUUACUUUUUUCAUGAUACAGAAACAAGAAUAAAGUCAAUUCCAUGAUCAAAUAGAUAAUUUAUUAUUCAGUGGAUUUUCUACUGCCCUCGUUGCCAUACUGUCACAAAGCUCUCGAGAAAUGUAUUGUUUAGUAUAUGAUAAAUUCAAUUGAAAGCAAGUCCCUCCCUAAAAAUGAUUUAUUUGUAAAGGCUCAUGCUAAGGUUUCCUUGGUAAUGUUUCCUGGCGCAACUAAAUUUCAAUUGUAGCCUUCGAGGUUUGUUCAGUUUCUGGAUCCAGCGAGGCAAUGAUGCAGAAGACAUUUUCCUGACUAGCGUGAGCCAUAAAGAAUCAUCCCAGACUUUCCCAUGUCUUCCUUUUUCUUCCUAAAGAACCUCAUUUCCCGUGAGAUUAUUGACCUAUCUGUUACCUUUAAGUACUUCGGUGGUAACUAUAUUAGGGUUACUAAAAAAAAAAAAAAAAAAAAAAAAGAGAGAAAAAAGAAAAAAGUACGCCCUUUGACCGAAUGUCGCAAUCAAUUUCUUUGAGCCCUGUAUAUGAAAAUAUGACUUGUUCCCUGUUUGUGAAUAAUGACAUUUAGGCUUUAUUGAAAUCUAUUAUUUUAGGUCAAAGUCAUUGAUUGUUGGACAUACCAAUAUCCUCCUUUUGGAUUUGUGCUGUAGGAAGCCAAUGCAUUAACCUUGGCUAUUGGACAUACCAUGUUUGUGUGCAACAUACUCUUAGGGCUAAAAUGUAAUUAUUACACUGUAAACAGAAAACUUGUAUGUACAAAGACUGAACAUAUUUUAUUGGAGAA